AUGGCAGUGGGAGUCCCUGAGAACACUCUUGGCACGGAGCCUCUGUCUCCCGAAAAUGAAGCCAAGGACUCGCCGAAAUCAGAAGCUGCUUCCAACAGAAGCGACGACAAUGCCGCUGAAGCUGCACAGAAGCAGGCCGCGAAGAGGCGCACCAAGACAGGAUGCUUGACCUGUCGAAAGAGGCGAAUUAAAUGUGGAGAGGAAAAGCCGAUAUGCAAGAAUUGCAUCAAAUCAAAACGUGAUUGUGCCGGCUACAUUCAGCCUCUUGUCUACAAACAACAGAAUCACGGCCCACAACCGGAUCUUCGUGAUCCCUCCGGAACAUCUUAUUCAGCACAUGCUGAUCCUUUCAACGCUUCUUACUUCAACAAUCCGCAUCAAGUUGGUCAACCAUUCCUAGGGCCCUGCUCGUCGAUCGACCCUACUGGUACUCUCCCUUACCAGCAUGUGCACUCCUCCCACUAUGCACAGAACACGCAAAUGCCACCUCCAGGUGCAAUACAUCAAUCCAAUUCGGCUGCCGGACAAUACUAUGCCUGGCAACCCAAUCCAAUGCAAUCUACACCACUAUACCACGGCAUAGAUACCACCGGGAGCGUUGCUCCCAUGUUCCAAGUGCCAUAUCAGGACCAGGCCUCCUCUGGUCAAUUCUCCCGCGGCCCUGCAUUCGCCGAUCCCUCAAUCUAUUCAGCGUCUCAGCCAUUCUCACACAACCCAGCCCCUUUGUCAGCCAUAAGCCCCAUGCCUCACGAGUUUCCUGAUCAGCCACAUUUCUUUGAUCCCAGUCAGCAACGACCCGCAUUCUUGUCACAACCUUAUGGAGUUCUUCAAGGAGAUAUAGUGGAAAAUGAUUCCAGAAAAUACAAUGUGCAAGGUUUCGUCCAACCUCCAGCUCUUUCAUCCGUCCAGAGUGGCGCCCUUGCUACUGCACCUGUGAUGGAGUACCAGGGGCCUAGUGACGACUACGAAGAUCCAGAAGACCCAUACGAUGUCGAAAUGGAGGAUCGAGACAUCUCCUUCCAGGAUGCCGCUCAAAACCUGACCGAAAUUCUUGAUCGUUCAGGACGAGGGAGUUGGCAACAAUCAAAACGCCCAGUCUCCAAACGACAACCGCAGCAGACCCUGGUAACGUUCAAGCCAAGAUUAACACUAUCUCCGCUGCAGGACGAGAGGAAUGAGCGGAUCUUCUGCCACUUUGUCGAGGUUUCCAGUCAUUGCAUGUCCAUCUACGAACGACAUCAUUUCUCUCCGAUCUCCGCCCCAGCCCGCACAUUAUGGAACUUCACCAUCCCAGCCUUGGCUCUGUCGCAUGCUGCACUCGCGCAUGCCAUUCUAGCACUCGGAGCACUCCAUCUCGCCAAGUUGCAAGGCACCUCGGAAGAUCUGGCAGUCAAACACUUUACAUAUUCGGUCCGCAGAGUGGGAAAACUCCUCGGUCUUCCCAAUCGACGCCAUGAGAUCGCAACACUCGCCACGGUGUUAGUCCUAGGAUUCUACGAAGUGCUUACUGGUGACCAUUCGCGAUGGAAUCUGCAUCUUCGAGGAGCUACAAAGUUGGUCCUAGAACACGACUACGCAGCCAUGACCAAGAUUGCCAGGCGGAUGAGGAGCGGGGCAAAGGCGAGAGUCAAUCAGUGGACAGCACAAUUCGCCUUGACCGAAGAGAAUUAUGGUCGAGUAGCUGGAAUCCCACUGGCACUACUCGAUGAUGUUGAUUGGGAAGUCGAUACUGGUCUCGUCUCUCGGCUCACAGGUAUCCCGAUCGACUAUGACUCACAGUUUCAGCCUCAAUUUCCUCCCCAGGAACUUAAGAUGAAUCUAAGCGACAAGGACGUUGAAGAUUUCAAAGCUAAAAUGGACCUUAGAUGGUGGUAUUGCAAACAGGACAUCUUUCAGAGCAUGAUCAGUGGCGACCAACUACUGAUGCCAUACGAUCAGUGGAUUUAUUGUCCACCGAGGGGUCAAUUCGGACGAGCAGACAACCCUUACGCUACGUUAGAUCAUUUUAUGUUGGCCAUGGCUCGACUGGCAGAUUUUGGAGGUAAAGACCGACAUCGUAAACAACGGGCAGUAAAGGCUCAAGGGGGGCAGUGGAAACCCCCUGGCUGGCUCUUUGGACCUCAGGGACCCCCUGGCCCUCCUCGUCACGGACCUCCUGUGCCUCGUGGGCCUCCCCAAGGCGAACCCAGAAGGGGAUCUGGAACGUCGUCCCAAUCAGCAACCUCCCGCAAAAACAGCUCAUCCACCAAAUCCGAUGGUGCCAGCGUGGUAAGACCCUCGCCAGCGCCAAGUGCGAAUGAAGGCAGAGUCAGGCAAAGUAGACCGGGUCCGCCAGGCCCGUCAGGUGGUUCAAUGCCCAGCGCCGGCAACACUCCUCCAAUGUAUGGAAUGAUGCCACCAAGCGCAGAUAUUCAUGUGCACUCUGCAUUCAAGAACAUGGACGCCUCAAUCAAUGAUCCCGCAUUCCAACCAUUACGUGAAGAAAGGCAUCCCACGCCCACAACAUCGCUCGAAGAAGACACCGCCAGGGCAUUUGCCGAACAUGCAGAGAUCACCAAAGCCUUUGACUGUUUCAAGUCCUCCCUCGGUGCUGAUUUUGAACCACUGAAACAAUCGGCAACACAGCCAUUGACGACUCCUUUUGGCCCAGCCCUGAUCUUUCGAAAUGCUGGCGUUGCAGGAAUCUGGUUGUUUUACCACGUGGGCCGCAUUCUCUUGUGGCGAUUCCAUCCGGAAAUGCCUCCAGCCGCCAUGGUCUCAGCAGGAGUGACGGCUCACAUGAGUAAAGAACAUGCGCAGACGGUCGGGAAGAUCUGUGCUGGGCUCUACUCCGCACAGCAUUAUGGGCAGAGUGCAGAUGGGGCACUCGAUCCCCAAUUUGCAGGUGCAUUGAUGGAAAGUACCUUUCAGCUACUUUUUGCAGCUGUUCAAUACCAAGAUGCCGCCCAAAGAGGAUGGACUAUCACCAAGCUACAAGAUGUCGCCCGAAGAUGUGGCUGGCAAACAUCGGGUGCGGUUGCCGCAGCCUGUGAAAUCGCGUGGGAAAAAAUGGGGCAAGCAGGAAGAGGUCCCCCAUACGAAAGAACGCUUGACCACAAGAACAGAGAUGCAAGAGUCAGUGGUGCUUAUUCAAGGUCUGAUCGGCCAGUCCGAGAGUCUAGUCAAGGAUCCAACCCUGUUUCUGAGUACGAGUCCGAGUUUGUCAAUCAUGAUCGAAGCUUGAUUGAUAGAUCUAGCUCUACAAGGACGCACUGGGCAUUAGGGUUGUUGUCUGUCGAGGAGGACAUUAAGAAAAUGAGUCUCGGAGAGGAAUGA